ACGACGAGUAUUUUUGUCCCGAAUUUAUCGAAUCCCGGAAUGUAAUUUAAUUUUUCAUUAUCGCGUUUCUCAUGUUACUAUACAUAGACAAUUUUAUGAAGUAAAUCUGCAGUCUCUUGAAAUAAAUAAUUGCCGCGGUUGUGUCGGGUUAAACGAGAGGUAAGGUUUGGAGUACGAGAAUGUGCCGGCUACUGAUGUAGAGGUGCGCGUAACAAGUCCUUGUAUAUCCUUUCGAGUAUCGACUGGCGACCGGCCUUUAUGAACGACUUUUGAAUACCCGGCUUAAUCAGGUGACGCACGAAGGUAGAGAAAGAUCGAUGAAUCCAAAAAGCAAAAAGUUGAUAGUAUUCGGUUUAAAGACCGUCAAGUUACCGUCAUCAUCGUGUUCACAGACAACAAGUGACGAUGAUCGGUAAUUUGCAUGUGUUUGCGGGCGAUCGCCCAAUGCGCAAAGAAUCACGAGAAUUGUAAGAUCAAGGUACAUCGAGCUUGCUUCCAGCUCCGUUCUUUCCAUUCAGGCUCGUCGCAUUCAUCCGGCGCGGCGGCAACAGCAGCCGGUACGCACGCAUACCUGUACACGCACACACACACACAUACACCUACAUAUAUAUGCGAAUAGUUGGGAGAAGAAAGCGUCCGGUUCAUGUUUUGUCCUUUAACGUGUGUUGUUUUCUUCGGGAUAUCCGGUUUCAGAAGAAGAAAACAUAUAGUGGAUACUAUAUAGUGAUCGCCAAUGCACUCUUCCUGAUUCCGAGGUGGACCAGCUGAAGAUAAGAACGAGAAGGCACUACGAGAUGACGUGAUACGCCAAUGGAAGAGGAAUGCCGGCGUAUUAACGCGGAUCCGUUCCUCUUCCCUUGAUAACGGAGGUCGUCGUCGCGUGUCACGGGAUGCGACCCGGACACCGGGACGUCUUCUGGACGGAUUCGAAGGGCUGACCAGAUUUCUCGACCAGGCUAUCCUGACGGUCACAGUCGACUCACAUUUCUCUAUAUUUCUUCGUUCGGUCUGAAAAAAGAGGAAGAGGACACAGUUAAAUUCACAGAGGAAGAUACGGAUAUUCAACGAUUCAGUAUCGUCCAGGUGUUAAUCGGGAAGCCAUCUUAUCGGGAAAACUAACAGGAUGACAACGAUACAGAGCUGUGGCGGUAGUUCAUCAAAAUGCGCGAAGCGUGCCUUCGUCUUCUUGUUUGCUUGGGGACUGCUGAUGAUCGCGGCGGUACAGUUUCGUCACUUGGAGAAUAGAGUUUUGCAUCAGGACGGUGGUCCCACGGCCGAGGACGGCAUCGGUAAUCUGGUGGAGGUCGGUAGCAACGAUCGAGGUGCGAACCGAGAUUCCGCAGGGAGCUUGAGUUUGUCCCGAAUUCUCUUGGAAAGGUCGUCAUUGAGCGAUUUCACCAACUUUGGCGGCGGUAACGCCGCUCUGCUGACCACCCUGACUACUCUUAAAAACCAUCUGGAAGCGACGAUAAAUCCGCUCGAACUGGAACCGUUGCUGGAUAAAAGACCUGCCAAGACCGAGCAGCAAUUAAUCGAGGAGAUCGCCGAAAGAAUACCGAGCUUACCGCUGAGCGAUUGGUCCAAAAAUAACAAACCGACAAAACGAAAUAAUGAGAGCUGCGCUAAAUACCCACAGAUCUACGAUUUAGAAUUUAAUAAUAUUUAUUGGCAAACACUGCGAACUACUAAUGGCACAUUUCAGUUUUUUGGUGCGUUUUACGACAAUCGAAAAUUAUCCAAGAUUGGGCCGGCAGUGAGGAUCGUUGGCAUGAUUGAUCGGAUUGAACCAAUUGUGAAGACGUAUUGCCAGUUAUGGUACGACGGCGAGAAUGAGCCCAAGAUUGUCGAGACGCUUGAAUACAAGUACAUAUGGUAUCCUAAAUGGGGCAAUUACAAGCAGGGCAUCUAUCAGCCAUAUGUGAUAGCAUGUAGAGUGCCGCCACAAGCGUACGGUAAACCACCGUCGUCCGUUUCCAUAGUGGAGAAACGUUGUGACACGGCCACCAAUCAUCUUCGCGUAAUUUACAACAAGCCCGAACGUAAAAAGGACUUUGCGGUGUGCGUAAAGGGUCUGGACUUUCUACACGAGGAUCUGUCGGUUCGGCUAGUUGAAUGGGUCGAGCUGAUCAGCCUGUUGGGUGCUGACAAAAUCUACUUUUACGAGCUGCAGGUGCACCCGAACGUGACCAAAGUGUUGCAGCAUUACCAGCGCCUGGGUAUGGUGCAUGUGACCCCAUUGACCCUGCCAGGCGGACAGCCUAACGUGCCCGCCUUCCAGCACAUGUAUCUCACGAAGAAAACCAAUCACAAGCGGCAGAAUGAACUAAUACCUUACAACGAUUGUUUGUACAAACACAUGUAUGAGUAUGAGUAUAUCGCACUGUUGGACGUCGACGAAGUGAUUAUGCCCGUGAAGGACGCGACCUGGCAAGAGCUGAUGCGCCGGGUAUUGCCCAAGGCCCUACAAAUACGGAACGAGACCCGUGCCUCGUACAACGUCAGAAACGUCUACUUCCUCGACGACCUACUGCACUCUCAUGGUUACUUCAAGGACAUACCCAAGUAUAUGCACAUGCUGCAACACGUGUAUCGCUCGAAGAACUUUACGAAACCAAACCAAUACAUCAAGUGCUUCCAUAAUCCAGAACGGGUGGUUACUCUACACAACCAUUUUCCCCUGGCAUGUCUGGGUGCUGGAUGCACCAGUUAUCCGAUCGAGACCGAGGAUGCGCAACUACAGCAUUAUCGCGCCGAUUGCGUGCGAUCGUUAAAGAAAACAUGCGUGGAAUAUCGGGAGAACAGUGUGAUAGACACGACGAUAUGGCGUUACAGGGAUAAGCUGAUCAACAGAGUCACCGACACCCUGAAAACCCUCGGCUUCUUCGGAUCGAGAUAGCGUCGGAGAUUGAUCUUCUUUUUUUACUUUCAUUUCUUUCUCUCUCUUUCUCUCUUUCUCGUGAAGAUUUGAUCGGUUGAGAAGCGAUGAAUCUAUCAGCGGGAGGUAAUUGCCGAUGGGACUUGAUCAGAGAUUUAAUUGAACAGAUAAUAGAGAUUGGUGUAACCGAUAAAGUGGAUUCAUUUCUAGUGACAGCGUAAUAUCGCGUCUUUUAUUUCUAUAUGUUGUUGUGUGCGUGAGAAGAGUGUGGAUCGAUAACCUUUGUCUGAUGAUAGUGCUAUCAGUAUAAAUACACAGUCGUGUCUAUGAACGGCAAAAUAUUUUCAGCUUUAUGAAACAAGGUUAUCAGUCAAGAACAUUUAUUGAGACCAUAUUAGAACAAUUGAUAUUAGAACAAUUGAUUGUGUGUGAAUUAAUUUAAUAUAGAACUCAUUU